AUGUCCUCGGGAAACGUAUCGCCGGCAGGCAGCCCCGGUCCCAGUGUGCGUGAAAGCAUUGCGGCAGCAGCUGCUCGCCGGACGCAACAAAAAGCUGCCUUGCACGCCGAAGAACAGCAUCGGCGGGAGCACGACAAGAGACAAGAGUUCAGACGGCUGAUAGAGCCUGGUAUAUUCACGCGCAAUCCAGAUGAAGUGUCCAUGGUCGCUCUGCGUACCCUGUCCACCAUAGCAGACAACCUGCUGCGAGAACCGAACAACUCUAAGUUCCAGAGAUUCAAGCCGACCAACAGCACCAUCAAGGAGCGCCUGAUAGACCCCAAGGGCGCGUUAGAGUAUGCAAUAGCUCUCGGAUUUCGUACAGAGGUUGAGGAGUUUCAGCCUUACUACGUCUUCAAUCCGCGCCACAUGGACGAUCUCCGCAUAGGAGCCGCCAUUAUCCACGAAGUACUGGACCGCAAAGCGGAGCAGCAAGAACGGAUGAAGCGAUGGAAAGAGCAAGAGAAGGUAGCCGCUGCGAGUGUAGCGCAGAACGUCAAACUCGCCUUCAUGGACGACCGUAAGAGUAAGCUCCUUAACGACAAACGGGAAAAGGAGCUCAGAGAGGCGCGAGCUACUGCAGCUGCAAGCAGGCAAUCUAUGUCUCCUCCCGCUUCUCCUUCUACAUCUGCUGUACGAAUGACAGGCCCAGGGAGAACCUUAUCAGGUGCUAUUGUCCAUGGCGACGACCUCGACAUACCACCUCCCUACCCUCGACGUGGCUCAGAUGAUGGCUCUGAAAUGGAUUAG